UAAAAUUUCCAGCAGCAGCCUCCAUUGUCAAGACAUAACCUGUCUCUCUUCUCUAUCGCGAUUCGCGAUCACACCUAAUCGUAACGCCACAGUAUCAUCAUCCCCAAGUGUUCUAAUGGAGGCCGCCGCUAAUUUAUCCUGCCGCCGUCUAUCAUUCUCUACUCCCAUACUUCAUCAUAACCGUCUAGCAUUCUCUACGCCCAUGCCAUCUAUCUCAUACAGACCUUCACCCCCACCUUCACUAGCUCUCAAGUCACCAUCAAUGUCCGUCCAAGCAUCUUCUUCAUCGCUCAACCAUGAAAACCCCAAACCCCAAAACCCUAUUUCGCCUUCUAUCAUAAAAUCCGCAUUUGUAGCUACCGCUACUGUAAUCGCAGCCGCGACUGUCUUCUUUGCUCGUUUUAACCUCAAGUACGCCGUCGCCGCACCUUUCUCACAAGUAGAAACCGCGGAAAAAGAAGAGGUUUCCGAAGAAGAUGAAGAAAGAGAGAUGGCGAUUGAAGAACAUUUGAACGCGAACCCUAACGACGUACAAGCUCUCCGCGAUUUAGUGGAAACGAAGGUGAAGAAUAAAAAGAUCGAAGAAGCAAUCGUAAUCGUGAAAAGAUUAAUCGAAAUGCAGCCUGGUGAACAGGAAUGGAUUAUGCUGAAAGCCCAAUUGCAUUGUUACAAUGAAGAAUUCGAAUUAGCUGAAAAGGAAUUCAAUGAGAUAGUAUCAAAAGACCCAAUUCAAGCAGAGGCUUUUCAUGGAUUGGUAAUGAUAGCAUCUCAAUUGGAAUCUGGUGAUAAGUUAAACGAGAUAGAACAAAGAGCAAUGAAAGCGAUGGAGAUUUGCAAGAAAGAAAACAAGAAUGAGGAAUUAGUAGAUUUCAAGCUUCUAAUUGCUCAAAUUCGUGUAAUUGGUGGAGAUUAUGAUGGUGCAUUGAAUCUGUAUGAAGAAAUUUCUAAAGAUGAUCCAAGAGACUUCAGACCAUAUUUGUGUAGAGGGAUUAUAUUUACUCUUUUGAGGAAGAAUGAUGAAGCUGAGAAACAGUUUGAGAAAUAUAGGAGAUUGGUUCCUCAAGGUCAUCCAUAUACAGAGUAUUUUGAUAACAAUAUGAUGGCGACAAAGCUCUUUGCACAGAAGGUUGAAAAUGAGGUUAGAAGAAGCUGAUGAGAUCAAAGAAGGUUCUUUGCUUGUUUUCUUUUGUUUAUCUUAUGGUCUGUGCUUGAUUUUGGUCAGAUAAUAAUAUUAGGGUUAAGAUAUUUAUGAACAAAUGUUCUUCAUGAUGAGGAUAUACACAUAUUUUCUUUUCUGGUGAA